UCGGAGCCUGCGUGCCAGCAGCCUGGAACCCAGAGCCUGCCCUGGAGCCUGCACAAUCAAUCCAGACUGAAGCCGAUGUCUUCUAGAGGGACGGAAAUGCAAUCCAUCAGGGGUACAGCUGAAUUUUGAGAGGCAUUAAUGUCUUGGCGUCCACCAAAGGACUGCUGGGACUAAUUCACUUGGCAAACUUGUGGCCAGCCAUGCUUCAAAUCCCCGUUGUCCUUGGCUAUCGCCCAAGAUUGGCUUACAGAAGAGAUGAAAUGUGGUCUGAGGGGCGUUAUGACUAUGAACGACUUCCAAGAGAAAGGGGACCUCCUCGGAAUCACCCCAGUGAUGGCUACCAUAGAGUAGUUAAUAUUGUGCCAAAGAAAUCACUUCUGCUAGAAAAGAAACCACCACUGCUAGAAAAGAGACCACCUCUGCUAGAAAAGAGACCACCUCUUCUAGACAGCCCUGAUGUAGGAAGCUACAGUAGAUAUUACAGUCAUGUUGAUUACCGAGACUAUGACGAGGGCCGCAGUUUUUCUCAUGAUCGAAGAAGUGGUCCACCUCACAGAGGAGAUGAAGCUGGUUAUAGAUGGACCAGAGAUGAUCAUUCCAUAAGCCGACAGCCUGACUACAGGGACAUGAGGGAUGGCUUUAGAAGAAGUUUCUAUUCUUCCCAUUGUUCAAGAGAGUGGUCUCCUCAUAAAAGAGAUGCUCCUUUUUUCAGAGACUCACCUGUAGGCCGGAAGGACUCCCCGCACAGCAGAUCUGGCUCCAGUGUCAGCAGUAGAAGCUAUUCUCCAGAAAGAAGCAAAACAUACACUUUCCAUCAAUCCCAGCAUAGAAGUAAGGAGAGACCCAUCCAGUCUUUGAAAACAUCAAGAGAUACUUCACCCUCAAGUUCUUCAGCAGUUUCUUCAUCAAAGGUGUUAGAUAAAUCAAGCAGGCUAACUGAGAAGGAACUUAGUGAGGCUGCAAGCAAAUGGGCUGCUGAAAAACUAGAAAAGUCAGAUGAAAAUAAUUUGCCUGAAAUUUCCGAGUUUGAGAUGGAAUCCACGGCACCCUUGUUUAUUGAUCAGACAGGAGAACCUGAGGUGAACACAGUGGAUGGCACAGAGUUGUUUGAAGACAGCCAGUUGACCAGUUGCUCUAAAGCAAUAGCAUCAAAAACCAAAGAGAUUGAACAGGUUUAUCGGCAAGAUUGUGAGACUUUUGGGAUGGUGGUGAAGAUGCUGAUUGAAAAAGAUCCUUCAUUAGAAAAAUCCAUACAGUUUGCACUGAGGCAGAAUUUACAUGAAAUAGGUGAGAGGUGUGUGGAAGAACUCAAACAUUUCAUUGCAGAAUAUGAUAUUUCUACUCAAGAUUUUGGAGAGCCUUUUUAGGAGAAUUAGUGUUGAUGACAAAAAGAAGUUUAUAGGUCCUUCCUCUGAUUGUGUGAAUCCUUAAUAUUUUGUGAUGAAGAAAAAUACUUUAUUAUAACUGGCCCUUUCUCAUAUCAAAUAAACAUCUAAAGUAGUCUGUUUAAAAUAUCUGAAUCAAAAAUGUUUUCUACAUGGACAGUCUGCUAAUAUAUAUUCAUGCCCCUCCCUCUAAAAUAUGAUGGUCAUUUAAAGCUUGAAAAAGCAGUUCUGGGAGCAGUUUUCUAUACUUAACACAUGUUCUUUAGUCUUCCACAAUAUGGUCAUUUGGUUAC